AUGAAACCGGACCCUCAAAACCUCGUGGUGAUUGUUGGGACUACUGGCACAGGAAAAUCUCAAUUAGGCAUACAGUUAUCAAAUAACUUGUACUCGUCGAAAGGUCCAUUACAGGCCGAGAUUAUCAAUGGCGACUCGAUGCAGGUUUAUAAAGGACUAGAUGUCUUGACGAAUAAGGUUUCCCCAUCAGAAAUGAUGGACGUCCCACACCACCUCAUCAGUUUCCUGGACAUCGAUGAAGAUUACACCGUAGAGAGGUUCAGGAGUGAUGCGGUCAAAACAGCUGAGGAUAUUCACGAUCGAGGCAAGCUUCCUAUCGUGGUAGGAGGAACCGGCUAUUAUAUCCAAAACUUGAUUUUGCCGGGUAGGUUAAGCAAAGAUACUUCCUCGACGGCAACUGGCUUGGAUAAAGACAUCCGAGCUCUACAAUCAGUCGGUCUGGCUCUCUUCAACGCCUUGCGAGUUAUCGAUCCGGAGAUGUCAGAACGAUGGCAUUGGCGUGAUUUGAGAAAAGUGAGGAGAAGCCUUGAAGUUCCUGUAUGUACUGGGAAAAAGAUGAGUGCAGUAGUGGCCGAACAAGACCACAGGGAUGCUGCUGCUGAUGAGACUGAUUCACCUAAUCACGCCCCGUAUCGAACGUUAGUGUUUUGGUUGUAUGCUGAGCCCACUGAACUUGGAAGUCGCCUCGACGACCGCGUGGACGAGAUGUUGAAGAAAGGCCUGGUCGAUGAGGUUCAGUAUCUGCGGAAUAAAAAGCUUCAGUCUCAACAAGCAAUGGAUGCAGUGACUGACGUAUCACGCGGACCAUACCAAGCUAUCGGUACGCGAGACCUUACAUCUCCUGUUCAGGCUUUCGAUGAGCUUUCAGACUCAGAAACGUUUGAAAUCAAGAUCAACAAAGCGACAGAACUGACAAAAAUCUCCACUCGGCAGUACGCUAAGUCUCAAGUAAAAUGGAUGCAAAACAAAUUUUUACCCGAAGUUAACAAGUUGAGAUCGAAGCCACAGUCUGAAGUAGAACUCUACUUGUUAGAUGCCACCGAUCUGACACACUGGUCUGAAAAUGUGUUUUUGCCUGCUCAGCGCAUUCUGCAAGGUACUGUGCCGACUCAUCCUUAG